UUCGAUCUCAGAGGAUCGAUUCCCAGUCGACGCGUGACAACCGUAUCUGUUCCAUGUGUUUUAUCGUUACAAUUUAUCGAAAACUUUAUAUCAAAGAUAAUAGCUGAUAAGAUAUAUUAAUUAUAUACAUAUGAGGUUAGUUUCAUGUAGAUAGUUCGUUAAGCCGGUGGCUAUAGCGUGUUUUCGCAAGUGUCAUCGCGCGACAUGAAUGUAUCAUGAUGAUGAGAAGAAAUGUUGUGAGUCUGAUAAAGUUCUUCCUUAUGGCGGUUUUUACUGUUUUUCUAACCGUUGUUGUGUUUCGUUAUGUACGAGCAACACCUAACCAUGAAAUCAUGACACCAGUUGCAUUGGUAGCCUACGAUAGUAGCAGUUCGAAAAAUUUGGCAAUGUAUAGCAACCAGAAUUUCAACAAUCAUUAUCAGGAUAUUAAUGAAAAGAUAGAUUGGCAUGAUUAUAUGAAAAUUGAAGAAGAAGCAAAAAGAAUUGGAAAAGGUGAACAUGGGAAACCAGCAUUUCUUUCACCAUCUCUUGAUGCAUUAAAGGAAAAGUUAUAUCAGGUAAAUGGUUUUAAUGCUGCACUCAGUGAUGAAAUCUCAGUGAAUCGCUCAGUACCUGACAUUAGGCAUCCAGGCUGUAAAGAUAAAAAAUAUUUAAGAAAUCUUGAUUCGGUUUCGGUGAUAGUCUCCUUUCAUAAUGAACACUUUAGCACUUUAAUACGUACUUGUUGGAGUGUUGUUAAUCGUUCACCAGCAUCUCUUCUUCAAGAAAUAAUAUUGGUUGAUGAUGCUAGCACUAAAGUAGGAUUGAAAAAGACUUUAGAUGAUUAUGUUGCCACUCAUUUGCCAAAAGUGAAAAUUGUAAGAUUAAAACAACGUUCUGGUUUGAUUAAGGGUCGAUUAGCUGGAGCAAAAGUUGCAAAAGCAAAAGUACUUGUAUUCUUAGACUCUCAUAGUGAAGCAAAUAUCAAUUGGUUACCACCUCUAUUAGAACCCAUUGCACAAGAUUAUAAAACUUGUGUAUGUCCUUUUAUUGAUGUGAUAGCUUAUGAAACAUUUGAAUAUAGAGCUCAAGAUGAGGGGGCAAGGGGUGCUUUUGAUUGGGAAUUAUAUUACAAACGAUUACCACUGUUACCUGAAGAUCUUCAAAAUCCUACAGAACCAUUUAAAAGUCCAGUCAUGGCAGGUGGUUUAUUUGCCAUCAGUUCUAAAUUUUUUUGGGAAUUAGGUGGAUAUGAUCCAGAAUUAGAUAUAUGGGGAGGUGAACAAUAUGAAUUAUCAUUCAAAAUUUGGCAAUGCGGAGGUCAAAUGUAUGAUGCUCCUUGUUCAAGGGUAGGUCACAUUUAUCGUAAGUUCCCACCUUUCCCUAAUCCAGGCAAAGGAGAUUUUUUGGGAAAAAAUUAUAAGAGAGUAGCAGAAGUAUGGAUGGAUGAAUAUGCAGAAUAUAUCUAUAGAAGACGUCCGCAUUUAAGAUCAUUAGAUCCUGGAAACUUGAAAUCACAAAGAGAUUUGAGAGCUAAAUUACAUUGUAAACCAUUUAAAUGGUUCAUGGAAAAUAUAGCUUUCGAUCUUGUCGACGUAUAUCCUCCUAUUGAGCCUGAUGAUUUUGCAUCUGGAGAAAUUCGUAACAUGGGAGUGCCAGAAUUAUGUCUAGAUUCAAAGAAACGAAAAAAAGAUGAACUUGUUGUAGUUGAUAUUUGCAUAAAAGAUAAUCCAAACAUUGUAGGAGAACAAGAAUUCAAAUUAACUUGGCAUAAAGAUAUUAGACCGAAAGAUCGUACAGAAUGUUUGGAUGUUUCUAAAGGAGGUACAAAAGCUUCAGUCAGUUUAUAUCCUUGUCAUGGUGGGCAAGGGAAUCAAUUAUGGCGUUACAAUGUUGAAAAACAGUGGCUGAUGCAUGGUUACUCAUCAAGAUGCUUGGACACAGAUCCAGCAAGCAAAAAAGUCUUUGUAACAAAAUGUGACCCGUCUUCACCUACACAAAAAUGGAGAAUUGAAAAAGUGAAUAUGAAAGCUAUCAAUAACUGGGAUAAUGUGGGACCCAAACGACAUUAAUUUGCCUUUUAUUGCCGUAACUUUUAAACCCUAAGCGUCUAAUGUUUAAUUACAUGUAUAUAAACAUACGUUCCAUUUUCGUUAACUAGUCAAUUAAAAUCAUAAUGCAUAUUUGAA